GAACUUUCUGAGUUGAAGUAGGAAUGCGUCCCUGCUGCGGAGGCAGGAGGAGGGGAGAAUCAUCCACCUACGUGUAAGCAGCAUCAGUGUUCACAUUGCCAUCAGUUUCCUCAGUCAGAAAGGAACCUACUCUAAUGCCUCGAAGGGUUGGGACACCAUCAUACAGACUCUGACCAAUUUCAUCGACAUUGUAUUUACAGUGCACUGUUUGAUCUUUUUUUUUUUUUUUUUUUUUUCCUUUUCUUUUUUUUUUUUCGGAGCUGGGGACCGAACCCAGGGCCUUGCGCUUGCUAGGCAAGCGCUCUACCACUGAGCUAAAUCCCCAACCCCCACUGUUUGAUCUUUAAUCAGUAGGACUUUUGUAAUGUAACCAAAAGUAUUGACUGAACCUACUCCAAAGGGUUUGUGUGCCCUACAGUGUUCUACUGUCCCACUGUAUUUUUAAAUUCAUAUAUUGUGACUUUUUGCUUUUAGGAAACCUAAGCUUUGUUUCCGUGCCAAGCUCUUGGUUCCUGAACAGAUAUGAGAAGAGGCAUGCUCUUUUGCAUUCCUGUGAAUUUUUUUUCAAACUCGUUUUCUUUUGAAUGUAGCAAACCUGAAAUGGGUUCUUAGCACAGCCACUAGAGUGCCUUCCUCUAGUGUACCGCCUGCCCGUGCAUGGCCCCCGCACCUCAUGAAGCCAGGCUUGCCGUUGGGCAUCUGUAGUCCCAGCACUUGGGAUAGGGUCAGGAAGACGAAGAGUUCAUUGUGAUCCCUGUGUGCAUGGUGUGUGUCUACAUGAGAGGCUCUGUCUCAGAAGAAAUUGUCCUUGAAGAUACAAAAUAAUUGUCAACUUUUCCUUAAAAAUAGUGUCAAUUGAGCUGACCCAAAGAUGGAAGGCGUUAGCACUUACACACUUCCUAGAGGAGUGGGCUGUCACGUGUGGGCUGUCACGUGUAGGCUGUCACGUGUGGGCUGUCACGUGUGGGCUGUCACGUGUGGGCUUGGUUUUAGUGCUCGGUUGUUUGUCCCAGACCAUAAAACCCACCUAUCUGGGGUUCCAUUGAGUUUCGUUGGUUAGUUUGCAUUUAAUAACUUGUUAAAUGGGUAAAUGGGCACUCGUAGACACACGUGGUAUUAAAUAUAAGGCUGAAGAGUCCAGAGGUCACCUUGCUAGCCAUCAGGGAAAGUAGAGACCCAAAGCACUUGUAACUGCAAAGUGCUGUGGCCACCGAUAAUGAUACCUCAGAACAAAAAUCUCUUAGGAAAUACAUAAAUUAUUUUGCUCGGUUUAAAAAAAGAACUUGUAAAAACCGAGAAGCACACAUUCUAAAAAUGUCAGCUGUGUGCAUUGUUUUAGAUCUUUUUUGUACAGUUAUCUAAUACAAAACUGUUGCAUAUAAUUAACACAUGUUUACGUACAUCUGGAAGGAACCCUGUUGAAAUUGUUUUUGUCAGUCACCUGACAUGGUGUUUAUCUUUUUUCUUUAAUUAUGUUUGUUAGUGUUAAGGGGGGACAUAAUAAACGAGUGCUAUGACACAGGUGUAGAAGCCAGAAGAAAAGUGUAGAGUCAGUUCUCUCCUUCUACCUUUACAUGGGUUCCAGGACUAAAGCUCAGAUCAUCAGGCCCACGGGGUAAGCACCUUUCCCACCAAGCCAUCGUGCCAGCCUCACGUUUCCUUACCCAUACUUUUGGUAAAUAUCAGAGUGUUUUGCACAUAGUUGACAUUUCUCUAGCAUGCACAGAUGAGACUGUCCGUGACAAGGACAUGCCAAAUGAUUUCCCCUUACACACUACAGGGAUUGAGGGGAGUGCUAACCCGUGUGGACAUUCCUCGAUGCACAGGCUGAUGUCAGGAUAGCUUCCUCAGUCACUUCUUGACCUUCUGGCCCCUCAUAGAGCCUGGAGCUCCUCUCUGUAGCUAGACUGGCUGGCUAGCAGGCUCCUAGAAUCUACUUGUCUCUGCCCCACAGUAUUGGGGUGACAGAGGAGAAGCACCUUACACAGCUUUCACAUGAGUGCUGGAGACAUGAGGGGACCCAAUGGACCAUCUCCCUAGCCCAAAUCUGACCUUAUAUACUUUAUAUAGGACUAUAUCUGUGACUCUGCCUCUGCCUCUGACAGCACUUGAUUCAAUCAGUCAGUCUUGAACUUUUCACAAUUUAUUGAGUAUUAUUAUUGUUUUCUUAUUUUAGGAAAAUAGGGUUUUACCCAGACUGGCCUCAAAUUCACAAUCCUCCUGCCACAGCGCUCUUUGUACUAUAGACUACAGACCCACACCCAGACUCAACACGGUCAAUGAUUGUGUCCUUACUUGAACAUUGCUGACCAUUGGAGAAGUUUUCCCUCUUUACUGAGAGCACAACCAAGUUCAGAAGACAAGUAUUAUCUUUAAAUCUAAAUGGGUGUAAUUCCUUAAUGAAAAAAUUACAACAUCUUUUUGCUUUUUUGGCUCAUACACAAAGGGAAGCAUACGCACCUCGGAUAUUUUUUGAGGCUUCCAGACCUCCGUGGUUUACUCCCAGGUCACAACAGGAUUGCUCUGAGUACCUCAGGUUUCUGCUGGACAGACUCCAUGAAGAAGAAAAGAUCUUACGAAUUCAGUCCUCACAUAAGCCUUCUGAAGGUCUGGGCUGUACUGAAACUUGUUUACAAGAAGUAACCAAUAAGGUAGCUGUGCCCUCAGAGUCCCCUAGCACAGGUGGCAGUGAGAAGACUCUAAUAGAGAAAAUGUUUGGAGGGAAACUACGGACUCACAUCUGCUGCCUGAACUGCAGGAGUACCUCACACAAAGUGGAAGCCUUCACAGAUCUUUCGCUAGCCUUCUGUCCUAGCCCUUCUGUGGAAGACUCGUCUUUCCAAGACCCAGCUUCGCUACCCAGUGCACAAGAUGAUGGGCUAAUGCAAACCAGUGUCACUGACGCAGAAGAAGAGCCAGUAGUUUGUAACCCAGCAGCAGCUGCCUUUGUUUGUGACUCAGUUGUGAAUGAAAGACGAUUGGGCAGUCCUCCUGUUGAGUUUCCCUGUGCCAAAAACUCUUCUGUCCCUGGGGAAUCUGCAAAGAUUCUUGUCAGUAAAGAUGUACCUCAGAACCCAGGAGGUGAGAGCACAACUUCGGUGACUGACUUACUGAACUACUUUUUGGCUCCCGAGGUUCUGACUGGUGAGAACCAAUAUUACUGUGAGAGCUGUGCCUCUCUACAGAAUGCAGAGAAGACUAUGCAGAUCACAGAGGAGCCUGAGUACCUUAUCCUUACGCUCCUGAGAUUCUCCUAUGAUCAGAAGUACCACGUGAGAAGAAAGAUUUUAGACAAUGUGUCACUGCCGCUGGUUUUGGAGUUGCCCGUUAAAAGGACUUCCCUCUCUUCCUUGUCGGAAGGUUGGUCUGCAGAUGCUGACUUCACUGAUGUUAAUGAGAACCUAGCUAAAAAAUUAAAACCUUCUGGGACUGAAGAAGCUUUCUGCCCCAAAUUAGUGCCCUACCUAUUAAGUUCUGUUGUUGUGCACUCUGGUGUGUCCUCUGAAAGUGGCCAUUACUAUUCUUAUGCCAGAAACAUCACAGGUACAGAGUCUUCCUACCAGAUGCGCCCCCAGUCUGAAAGUCUGUCAUUAACACCCUCCCAGAGUAGUUUAUUAGGGGGAGAAAGCCCCAAUACAGUCAUUGAACAGGACUUGGAAAAUAAGGAAAUGUCACAAGAGUGGUUUUUAUUUAAUGACAGCAGGGUGACAUUUACUUCAUUUCAGUCAGUCCAGAAAAUCACAAGUAGGUUUCCAAAAGACACAGCGUACGUGCUUUUCUACAAAAAGCAAAGCAGAACUAAUGGUGUACGCAGUGACAAUCCAGCCAGUGGCGUCUGGGUCAAUGGAGAGCCACCACUACAGAAAGAGCUCAUGGAUGCCAUAACAAAGGACAACAAACUGUAUUUGCAGGAACAAGAAUUGAAUGCUCGAGCCCGGGCCCUACAAGCUGCGUCAGCGUCAUGCUCCUUUCGGCCCAAUGGAUUUGACGACAAUGACCCACCAGGAAGCUGUGGGCCGACGGGUGGAGGGGGCGGAGGAGGAUUUAACGCAGUUGGCAGACUCGUCUUUUGACCCUGAGAGAACUGAAAAUGCAUCUGGUCACCAAACAUCCGAUACUGUGGCUGUUAAAAUGUUAGGCUGUGACCUAGAGCAUAUCUAGCUUUUAUUUUUCUUUUCAUUAGACCCAAAUACUUAAGAAAAUACACUCAGUGGUUGUUUUUAUUUUCUUGACAAAAAUGCAUCAUGGAAAAAAAAAAUCUACCUCUUAAACUUCCAUUUGCAUUUAUGGUUAGACAUGCUUGGCCAAAAGUGUUGAGAGGAAAAGGCAUACCUGGUCUCUAAUUAAGCUCAUUAAAUUUGGUAGAAGGAUUGAAAUGGUGUAUUUUACUUGUACUGAACAAAAUAAUUCAUUUUGCAUUCUUAUAAGAAUUGAUGCUAGAUAUAUAUCUUGUUUUAAGAAAAAUGAAAGUCUUCGUUUCUGGCAUAAUUACCCCAAUAUUAAAUUCAAGUCUCUGUGGAGUCGAUACCACGCUCCGCCCCAGCUGCCAGUCUCUGGGCUGCUGUCCGUCUCCUCGGCAUUGUGCUCCAGAUUGAGGAACAAGUGUCAUUUAAAGGAUCAUCUACACCACACAUGGCAAGUGAUUUACGGAAGGUGCAUGAUGCCGUAGGCAGUGUUUUUAACCCAACUCUGUAGUAUUUCCAGUUGUCCAAGGACUUUAAAAUCCUGUUUCAGGGAGGGCAUCUCCUGUGUGUUUUAAAGGAGCUGAGUCCUGUAUGUGCCUUGCAGUACUGUAAUUCAAAAAUAGCUUUGGCUGCUGAAAGUUUUCUAAAACAAAAUGUUAGGAAGUAAUUUUGUGCUAACAUUAAAAUUAUUUUUUAAAGGUAUUAGAUUUUUUCAGAAGUAAAAUCUUGGUGGUCCUAAACUAGUAAAUGUAAUGGUAAAUUUCUAACUCUUAGAAAAAUUCAGAGGAAAUGAAGCUAGUUUAAGUACAAAAUCUUUGAUUUGUUAUUUAAUCUUCACAUUAAACAUUGAUAACAUUUUUAGAGUUGUAUAUAUGGGUUUUUUUCCCUUUAAGACACAUGCCUUACACAUAAAAUAUAAUCUGCUUCAUAAAAUAUUAAAAUGUCACACCCCACAUCCCUA